AUGAAACGCCCAAGACAUGUUUUAUUUAUAUUCCUACUCUUUAUUCAAUUUACAUUAUGUUUUAGUCAUAUAACUGUCGAUAAUAAUGAUACACCUAACGGUGUAUUAAAAUCGAUGGGGAAUUCAUUAAGCUCCAUCUUACAUAAUAAUAUAAAAAAUAUUAAAGACAGUUUUUUAAAAAAUACUACAAAUAUAACUAAACAAAUGACAAAUUUAAAUGAUGAUAUAUCAAAAAAUAUAAAUUAUAUAAAUUCAAUUUUUAAAAAAAGUCCAGCUGAGGAAUUACAUGCAAUUGAUAAAUAUAGUAAGGACCAGUUAAAUAAAUUAAAAGAAAAUCCUGAAAAUAAAUUAUUUUUUUCAAAACUAUUUAACUUUAAUUCAAAAUCGGAAGACAAUACUAAUAAACCAACUGAAAUAUCUCAAGGAAAUCCAAAUGACAAAAAAACAGGGUUUUGGAAUUUUAUACAAAAUAUUAACAAGAGUAAUGACAAUAUUAAAGAAAAAUUAGAAAAAGAAAAGUUAGAAAAAGAAAAGUUAGAAAAAGAAAAGCUAGAAAAAGAAAAGUUAGAAAACGAGAAUAAUGAAAAAGGGAAAAAUGAAAGUAAAUGGUUCAAAUUUUUAUUCCCUUCAAAUGGGAGCAAAGAUAAGGAAAAUGAAAAAGUAGAAAAUACCAACAAAAACGACAAUAAUAAUAAUAAUAAUGUGACUGAUAAAGAGAAGGAUAAAGAAAAUGAGUCAUAUUUCUUUUUCAGAAAAAAAAAUGAUAGCAAAGAAACUGAAUCGAAAGAAGUUGAAACAAAAACAAAUAAUAAUACAAAAAAUAAAUGGUCAUUUUUUAAUUCAUUUUUUCAUACUGAAAAUAAAAAUGUAGACAAAAUAGAAAAAGAAGAACAAGAAGGAAAUGAUAUUGAAGCAAAUAAAAAUAUAAAAGAAGAAAAAAAAUCCAGUUUUUUUCCUUUCUGGAAAUCUAAAAGUGAUGAAAAUGAUGAGGGAAAAAAUAGUAGCAUUUCAAACAAAAUUGAUAAUAAUCAAAAUACAAACUUAGAUUUAAAAAACAAAGACGAUAAUAAAAAUUUAAUGAACUUAGUAAAACAUUAUUAUGAAGAUACUACAAAUUUAAGUGAUGAAAAUUUAUUGUCUCUUUUAAAUACAGAACAUAAAGGUGAUGUACAAGUAGACAUUUAUCCAUUGGCUGAAUUUAAAAUUUGUUUAAAUAAUUGUCAUAAAAGUUUAGAAAAAAAUAUUGAUGAAAAUGAAGAUAAAAAAAUUAUAAAAAAUUUAUCUCAUAGUGAUUAUAAAUCAUUAGAAAAAUGUAUUUCACAAUGUAAAAAUAUAAAUCUUGAUAAUAUAGGUUUUAAAAAUGAUGAAAUAUUAAAUAGUAAAGAAAAUAAUAAAAAUGUUGAAAAUCUAAAAAAUGAAAAUCCAAAUUUAAAUAGUGAUAUAGCACCUGCUUUUUCUGAUUUUGUUGCACUUGAAAAAUAUAGUGAUAAUAAUGAGGAAAAAGAAGAUAUAAAUAUGAAAAAUAUUUCAACGGAAUUAAAAAAUAAUAAUUUUUUAAAUAUGGAAUUUAUAAACGAUAUUAAUAAUGACAAGAAUCAAAAUGAGAAAGACAAUGUGAAUGGAAAAGAUUUGUCUGCAAUUUUAUAUAAUACAAAUUCAAGUAACCAAAAUAAUGCUAUAAAUAAUUUACAAGAAAAAACUCUCGAUGUUUUAAAUAUGUUAGGAAAUAAAAGUGAUGAAACUGAAUUAAAUAAUAUAAAAGAAAAUACACAAUUUGAUGAUAAUAAUGAAAAUAAUAAAAAACAUGGAUAUAUAUCUACAAGCUUUUUUCUAUUUAUGGUUUUAGUAACAUUUUUUAUAUAUCUAUCUGCUUUUACUAGUAUAAUUAAUCAAUUUUAUGUAGCAUUUAAAGAAAAAGUUAUAUUAUAUAUUAAAGAAAAAUAUAGAAAUCAAUUAGAUCAAAUUAAUAGAGAAUCUUCUCAACCAUUUAUACCAAAACCAUUUAAUCAAAAUUAUAGUGAGUCAGCUUCUUAUGAUAGUAUAUAUAAUCCAUAUCAAAAUACAUAUGAAAUUUCAUAA